GCCGCAGGUGGUGGCAGCGCGCACCUCGAGGGUGGGGAGGGCAGCGACAGCCGAGACGAGGGCGACGCUGAGGAGGGACUUGAGGCCGAACAUGCUGAUAGAUUGAGGAUAGAACUGAGGGAUUGUUGGUGGAUGACGAUGAGAAGGGGAUCCUACCAGCUUCAUAUACUCCUCCCACGGCCUGCUGUACUAACUAUCCGGUGCUAUACGACGAAGAAGCCGCGAUAGAAGCAGCGUGACAGGUACAGACGAGGUAGUGAUGCCGCCACUAAUCUAGAAUGCCGCAAUGCACCUUAACUUAAAUCCUGUCACUAUACCCCAAUGCAGAAGUUGUGUCUUGCAUCCAUGCGCGAUCGGCGGAUCUCCCCCCGCGAUAGGAUCAAGAUACGGGCAGCAACGCCACUAAAGUUUUGCGAUAACAAAGUCGUGCGAAUAGGGUUGGCGGAGAGCGGCAGCUGGUCGAUUUUAUCCAUACACUUGGCAUUAAUGAUCUGCCGGACGUUAGGCGAAAGAGGAAAUUGACAACAACCAACAACUCUGGUGUGCUGGCUCACAUGUUGUCGACAUAUACAAGCGCAUGAACAUCCCCCCACGGCAUGCUCCUGUUGACAAUCUUCAUAGGCUCGAUGACGAAGCAUGCUUCGGGGAAACAUCCGACCACACGUGGCGACAGCCCUCGUCGUUUCUCUCUCAAAAAGUAAAUAUAGAGUUUAUGCUGCAUUUCCUCCCCGGUUCAACUUAUUCACGUUUCACGCAACAUACACUAGCACAGCCAAGAUGACUUCUCAGGAACGCCACUCCCUAACAGCCUCCAUCGCGGCAAAGACCGACCCCUCAUCGGCCGCACGUGCUCUCAUAGCCCCGGCGGAGGAGAAACUCUCCACGGGGUCUCCAGAGUCAGACAUUGAAGGCCGUCUCAGGCCCGUCUGGGGUAGCAUCAUUGAUGUGGCCGCGGAUACCGACCACCAGUCUCAGGAGCCUUUGGUCGCUGUCCUGCGUGCCGUGCAGCAGCAGAUCUUUGCGAAUGGUGCGAGUGAGGUUACAGUCUGGGGAGAGAAGGUGAAGGUGUGCGACCUGCCUCUCUUUGGUGCUUCCGUGAGAGAUGCGUGGAAUAGAGCUCCUGGCACAGGCUCUGCCGACGAUUUCUCUGCCAGCCAAUGGCAAAACAUAAAUGGUUUCCUAGCACGUCUAACGUCCCUGUCUCCGUCCACGCCUGCGUUCGACUUUUCCAUGUUUGGACUGUGGACGUUACGGUCGGCAUUUGAGGCAAACGAAGCCUCGCUAGCAGAUGUAGAUGCCGCCAAGGUGUGGUUCAAGUAUGCAGAGGAGGUAUUGACGAAGUUGAGCAACGAAGGGAAGUCGUUCCACGCCAAGGUCGGCGCUAGUGGUGGCAGCUACGCGGAUAAGGAAUGGACGGGAUUCAACCAUCAGAGACUUGGGGUUUGGCAGGCAGCUCGUCGAUAGUAUAGACUAAUUUCAAACACAAUAUCAAGCCAGCGCGUUAGGCAGUCGAAUUAUCUGGUAUUAGUGUUUGGCGGAUAUGUAUCUAGGUAGUAUCCGUGAUUCCCACGGGUAGGGUAUAUACCCGGCUAAUUUCUUACAGGUAAGAGUAGGUAUAUAUCCGGAUAUAUGAGGCUAAAUGGAG